CGAUUCGGAGUCCAUAACGUCGACUUCGUAUUGCUUUUCUACAAAAAUUCAUUAUAAUUUUCACGUCAUACAAAUGUCACUGUUUGGAAAUUUACAGUACACUUAAUGAGAACCAUAAGUUAAUUUUUUUCAAGAAAAAACAAAAAUAGUGUUGUGUUUCUAAAAAUUUAUUUAGUGUCCUUAGUGUGCUCCAAGGAUAUAUAUGAGUUUUCAGUGUGUAAAACGUUUUUUUACUGGAUAAUAAGUUCUUGAGUUGAAUUUUGUGCAUUGUGUGCGUGAUAAAAAGUGACACAAAUCUGGAGUAAUAUUACAAAAAAAAUCUCAAAAUGCUGACUUCUAGCGCAAAUCAGUAUCUUCGUCCAGAAUAUCUCACACCUCUACCCACGACAUUGGAUGCAAAGAAGAGUCCACUGGCUCUGCUGGCCCAGACGUGCAGUCAAAUAGGGGCCGAUCCACCAUCGAGUAAAUCGCUGUUGACCCCUUUGGAUAAGAGUAAAUCAUCCAAGUCGGAGUCUAGGGAGAAGUCGUCCCCAGCCACUGGAGUGGCAACGGACUCCUUGAAAUCUAGUUUUAAACCCUAUGAAUCAUGUUUGGGGCGGGAGAAGGCGUCGAGCCCGGAGGAGCAAAGGGCGGCAUCGAGUCAUUCAGCGUCCGGAAGGGCCAGAACCCCGGCGAACAGUAAACGAUGCUCGAGUAACCAAAGUGCUUCGUCGGCAAGGGCAGCGACACCGCAGGGUCGCAAAACGGCAACGCCAAAUGGUGACUCAAGGGAUUCGCCAUCCUCGAGGACAGCAAUAUCCGUCACGUCAGAUCCGUGUCUAACGCAGACAUCAUCAGCCAGCCCCUCUUUGCAACCCAAAUCCUCCUACAGUCCUGCUGGGAUGCUAGCCAUGACGGAUCCCUCCAUCAAGGACCUACCUCUCGGUACCUUCAAGGCUGGCUCGACUCUACCGAUUUCCACCUCCGCCUACCUCGGCUAUCACUCGCAACUACCCAUCGACGUGAUGGCCAGUUCCCUCAUGUCCCAACAUCACGCAGCGGCUCUCAAAAACGGCCUAGCAACCAAUCCCUACCUCAGCUACGCCCGAAUGAAGACAUCGUCCGGCGCCGACACCCUGGUACCAGUUUGCAGAGAUCCCUACUGCACCGGCUGUCAAUUCAAUUCCCACUUCUUAGCCACAUCAACCGCAAACAAGAUACCCACAUCCACCGCCGGUGGUGGUUCCUGUCCAGCCGGAUGCACUCAAUGUGACCACAAAUCCACAGCCUCACCUUACGGACCACUGGGACACACUCCUGCAGCCGCUGCCUAUGCCCACGCGCAAUUAGCAGCACUCGCCGCGGCCUCACAACUUCCCUACGUCUGCAGUUGGAUGGCCGGCGACACUGCAUACUGCGGCAAGAGGUUCGCCACUUCUGAGGAAUUGCUGCAACAUCUCAGGAGUCAUACCAGUAUAUCUGGCGAUCCAAGUGCCGCAGCCGCAGCACUCUCACUCCUCACACCAACGGGUCUGCCUCCCACACAUCCUCUACUAUCGAGGUCGUAUCCAACGCCACCGCUAAGCCCUCUGGCCACAGCGCGUUAUCAUCCCUACGGAAAGCCUUCAAAUCUUCUCCCAUCGUCACUUUCGUCGUUAAAUCUACCUCUACCACCUCAUCAUCACCCAGCAGCCGGACUGCCACCCUAUUUCUCCCCCUACUCUCUCUACGGUGGACCCCGUUUAGGCGCCACUUCCGGAAUGCAUCCUUAAAGUGCGCCUAUCCGAACAAAACUCCCGAUUUUCGAUAUGCUUUAUCCAUAAAUUGUGACCUAGUGGCUAGUGCAUUUUUCGAAUCAGUGCCUGAGUUCGACUCGUUCUACAAUGAAGGAUAUAGUUCACAAGGAAUAAAGCAUAACUUUUUGGAAGUUUUGUCAGGAAUAGGCUGAAACCAACUUGCGAGUUUUUAACUGUGAUUUCCGAGUGUGAACGCUUCUUUUCCUCACAUUGUUUAUUUGAAAGAUGACUUUUGAGAAAAUCAUAGGAGCGAAAAGAAACGAGCGUGCCUGAUGAUAAAUCUAAUUAAUGUUCCAGCGGAUAUGAAAAAAAGCUCGAGCGAAAUAUAAAAUUGGAAGAUCAUUCGGACUGAUCGACUAUUCUUGAGAUUACAAAUUUAAAAAAAAAUCAUUGUGAUUGCUUAUUUAUACACAGCUUUUCUGAAUUAAAAUUCAUUUUCCAAUUUUUACACGCAGUUAAAAAUGUUAUUACUAAAAAUGUUCAGGCAAAGUAUUUUCAUCUAUUUUCGAUAUUUAUUUCAUUGUAAAUUCUUAUUCCGCUGCUACAUUUCAAUGAUAACAAUGCGGUGACAGUAUAACUACUCUUUAUCUGACAAUUUAUUGAUGACUUUUGCACUGGAGCGGCUUCGCUCAUGAUUCACGAGCGAUCAAACUUAAGACUAUAUGUUGUUUAAAAAAAUAAACACUGCAAUCAUUUUUCGAAACAAAAAUUGUGUUAUAGCCUACACUAAAAAUUUAAUAGUAGAUAUUAUUAGCAAUAUUUUCAUUCCUACACGCAGAUGUAUUUCAUGAAUCUUUUCCGAUAUUUCACACUUCUGACAAUCUAAAUUAUUCUACACGAACUGAAAAAUAAUAAUUAAAUACUAACUAGAAAAUAAAAAAUCAAAUAUCAACUGAAAAAAAAUUCGAAAUAAAUUUGAGGUUGUUUUAAUAAAGAUUUAUGAAAUUGUUCUGCUUUAAAAUGUGCGAUAAGCAAUUAAUCGUUUUUAUGUGUAAUAAGAGUAGAAGUCACCUGUAUGUCAGUCAAGAAGCACAUCAACGUCAAAGAAAACACUAAAAUGUCUUUUAUAGAAAGUUAAGAGAACUUUGCCAUCCAUUGAUUUACAGUCAACAUUGGCCCAGUUUAGUUUCUCGUUGAUAUAUUAUUUACGCAAGUCUACUGAUGUGAUAUUGAGAAAAUUAAACGAGUUCAUCAAAGUGAAUUGUAUGUUUGACGAAGGAGUGUUUAGACAUAUUUGUCACUUUUCAUGUACUUUAUAUCCGAUCUAUCAAAGUGUACAUGGAAAUUUUUUCAAUCUGAAAUCAGCAUAUGAUUACUGAUUAAUCAAUUGUUUAACAAUGAGUAAACAUAAAUACUUAAUUCCAGUCAGGAACCAAAUUUUUUUAACAUUCGUUUUAUAAUUUCUAUCUUCACUUUAACAAAAUUAUUUUCUACAAUAGAAUUAAAAUUUAAAAUAGAAUUUAAAAUACAAUUUCAAUCAGUUUGACAACAUUCGAAACAAUUCGACUACACGACUGAAAUUAAGUAUUUAAUUUUAAUAUAGAAAUGUCUUUUGCCAAUUCACAAUUAAAUUAUCAGUUUCUAUUUAUGCUACAUUCACAUAUAUUGUAUGGAGAGUAUUUUUUUCUUCUUAUGAUUCGCCGAAUGAUCGCUGUGAAUAUACAUUUCGAUCGAUCUCGACCUCAUUUACAAAAAAAAUAAAUAAAAAAAUCGGGGUAAUCAUUUUGCGAUUGAUCUGAUGAAAUCAGUCUUGUGUCCAUUCUAUUUAUAUGAGUUACGUGUUCAUAUCUAAACUCUAAUGUAAUUAAUGUAAAUUUGUUCAUAAACGUAUAUAUGCCCGACAUUAUAAGAGGCAAAGUGCUAACGAUAUAAUUGAUCGUCUAUUUUUGCGUAACCAAAGUUUUAGUAUCGGAUUCGUUAGAUAUCUAACGAGGCGAUAGCAUAAAAAAAGUGUACAUGACGUUCUACAAUUAAAGAAAAUAAUUAAAAAAAAAGGAAUCGGGAAAAUUUGAAGAUGACACGACGUUGAUUUUAAGAAACGCGUCGUUUAUAAAGAAAAGAACGGAAUGACAACUAUAUUAGGCAAUAAGAACAUAUAAUAUCGACUGUACAUAGAUUUAUUCGAUAUAGUAAUUAUUAUUAUAUUAUUACAUUAUUAUUAUAUUAUUAUUAAUAAUAUUAUUAUUAAUAUUAUUAUGUUUAAUGUUAUUCUUCUGGGCGUUGUAAAUGCCGAUGUCUCUUGCUCACAAAGAUCUGUUUUUUUCAUUUAGUACCUCCGUUUUUUCAUUAUGUGAUUAGUAAUAUUUGCAGAUAAUUGAAUUUUUUUCAAAUAAGAUUCAUAUGUGACACACAUCCACACACACAGACACUGAAUUCUCGUUGUUUUAUUAUUGUUGUUACGUUAUUAUAGAACUUGUUUGAGUCUCUCUGAAAGUGAAAUACAACAAAUCGUUUCUUACUCGAAA